CGCCUCACUGUUCCAAUACUUUUGGAGGGCACUGUAUGUAUUUUCAGUUGAGUCAUACUUUUGUUGUGAGUUUGGGAAUUGUGGGGCUUUUUGCAUCACCAUACACUGUAUAUAGAUAUAUAGAUAUAUGGAAAAGCUCACUGUCAUUAUAUAGUCUAAUAUUUCCAGGCUUGUGCAGACAAUGAGCUAUGGCUUCAGGGAUUUGAGAUUCUGGGAAACAGUGUUGUUUGUAAAUAUAACACUGUGAGCUGAAUGUAGAGACGGUCGAAAUUAUUGUUAAAACAAGUGUUUACAAUUGUCUUGUUUUAUUGGGAAGCCUCACCAAAACUCUCCUCUCUCCACGUCUCAUCUUGAACUUAUCUAUUUAUUUCAGAACAUCCAAAAAGAGUGCACAUGUUUGGUUUUUCAAAUACCACAUAAAUGCCAAUAAUAUUAAUAGGAUAGCUAUCGCUUCAGGCUCAAUAAAUUGCUGCCUCGGUCUGCACUGCAGUCUGGCAUAAACCGAAGGUCAGGGCAUUCAUGGGUUCUAAGAGAAGUCAUUAUUUUACAGUACAUGUAAUGAAUGUUUUGGAAAGUCUUGGCUGAAGACUACAGUUGAGUCCAAUUUGGGUACUUACAAUCAGGAAACAUGAGCCCGGAAAUGUUAGGUGUAUCCACUGCUUUAACAUUCUCACACACACACACACACACACACACACACACACAAUUGCUCAGAAGCACAAGCACACACAUAAACACCUUUACUAUACAAUAAUAAAGCAAGCACAGGAAACACCAGCUUCUCAGCUUGUCUCUACGCCCCCUCAUCUCUCUCCUACAAACUGUCGCUUUUCCACUCGCAGCAUGAAUGGCCUCCGCUCGCAUGCCUACGAGCUGAAACCAGCCCCUAACAUUCUCACGACCAGCUCACCGUUUGUCUCGCAGAUUGCUUCGACCGUAGUGGUUCGCUUGUUGUUGUUUUGCCUGACGGUGUGUUUUGUACUGCGUCAUCUCUGAAACACACGCCACGGGUCUGUUAACGGGUGUACUGACCUCUCUGCCUUUGUUUUCCUCUCUUCAUUCACUAACAUGAAGGAAAGAACAGGGGGAGACGACGAGCAGUCAGAAAUUGAGUUUCAAGGAGCGCGUGCGAAUGGCCAGCCCCCGUGGUCAGAGCAUGAAGAGUCGGCAGACGUCCGUCAACGAGCGUCGCUGUUCCCCAGGUAACGAGGUGCCCGGGGCAGAGACGACCAGCAGCCCCACCAAGGUGCAGAAGAGCUGGAGCUUUAACGACCGCACCCGCUUCCGGCCCUCGCUGAGGCUCAAGAGCCAGACCCGCACGGCUACACCUGACGUGGACACGCCAGGGAGCGAGGAUGGCUUUGACGAGAGGGGCUGUCACUGUGAUGUCACUGUGGAGGACCUGUCGGCGCCGCUGAAGGCGGUCAUCAGAGCUGUCAGAAUAAUGAAAUUUCAUGUAGCAAAGAAAAAGUUCAAGGAGACCCUGCGCCCGUACGAUGUGAAGGAUGUGAUAGAGCAGUACUCUGCUGGUCACCUGGACAUGCUGUGUCGAAUCAAGAGUCUCCAGACCAGGCUGGACACCAUAGUGGGUCGUCCACAACAGCCCCUCAGCAGCAGAGUCAAGACUUUUUCCUCCCCCUCCCUGCAGCUCUAUUACAGCCAAUCCACCAGGAAACAGUCUGCUCCAGGACUGGCCUCGGGACUGGGUGGUCACCAACAGGCCAGCCUGAACAGCAAGCCCAGGAACAUGUCUUCCCCUGCCCUGCACUUAUAUUACAGCCAGACCAGGAGGAAGCCCUCAGGACAGGGGGUGGACCAGAUACUGGGAAAGGGCCAGAUUUCCAUGGACAAGAAGAUCAAAGACAAGCUCCAGUCUGAUGGGGACCCACUAGAAGACAUGAGUAUGUUGGGUCGCGUGUGUAAGGUGGAGAGACAGGUGACGUCCAUCGAGUCUAAGCUGGACUCUCUGCUGGACGUUUACCGGCAGGCACUGCAGAAAGGUUCGUCCGCCCUCACCCUCUCCUCGCUGCCCCUCUUUGAGCUGGACCAUCACCAAACCUCUGCCUACCAGAGCUCCAUGUUCAACUGCUCCCCGACCCCCCAGGGUGGUGUCUGUGAUGGGCUCGGAGAUGGUGGGGGCUUAUCCCGCUCACUCAAAUCCAACCUUCCACGGGGCCUGCGCCUCAUCUUGGCACCCUCCAAUGAGCUCCCCCCAGACAGCGAGCCACCCUCCUACCCACCCUCCACUGCCUCUCUCACCCCCUCGCCCUUGCUGCCCCCAGACAGCCCCUACCCGGCGCUAACCACGCCCAACAGCUUCCCAGCCCUGCCCCGGCAGGCACACUUCCCCGACCUGCCCCCACCUCCGCCCUCAGCAGGGGGAGGGCUGACAACCACCCUCCAGCUGCCCCCUGUGAAUGCCCCCCGUCUCAGACGCCCAGAGGGCCUAGUCUUGGAUGCUCCUCCGGGAGGAGACAUGGGGGAGAGCCUGGGCACCUCUUUGGAGGAUGAGGCAUGUUCCCAGAUAGGGGUGCGUCUGAGGGGUAAACCCAGUCUGAGAGAAGAAGGUUCCUGGAGACGGCACCUGAGCUUGGAGUUAGACCCCCUGCUACUGCUCUCCUCUGGCCCAGAUGGGCGGACCUCAGACAGCGGAGCAGGCCUCGGAAAGUCCCUUUCUGCCCACAACCUCACCCAGACCUUCGCAGACCGCUCCUCUUGUAUGACCUCACUGCUCAACAAGAGCAACAGUAGCAGCAGAGAUGGUUCCCAGGGCAACUCUGUUGGUGGUAGCAAAACCUGGGGUGAAACAGAACUCUUCAUUGGUGACACAGAGCUGGAGCCGGCUGAGGAGUGCUUUGACUUCCUGUCCCAAGAUACUGACUUCCUGUGUCAUCCCAAAUCGGGCAUGAACAAAUUAUCUGACCUGCAAACUGAGGGGGGGUCAUCUAGCAGCCUGGCAGGCCCACGGACUCCGACAACAGGCAGUGAUGAAUCCCUGAACCAGCCCCCCCACAUAAGGCUAAAAUGACCAACAUAAACAUUUACCAGAUUCCUGGUUUAGAAAGCUAACAACCCUCAACACACACACAAUCAACUACACAGUACCACCCCUUAUCUUACUGGACAAACCAGACGUUUCAGACGGGGGUUGUUCAUGUCAUUUAGUACAAACCAUUGCAUGGAGUUACAGUAUGUCCUGAAUAAAGAAACAAAAAGAAGCUUGUGUGUAGAGAACCUGUGGUAUCGGUGGAUGGGAUGGUGAGGUGGGAGUGUGGGGCAUAGGAGAGAAGGAGAGAACAAAGGUGAUCAGUCAAGACACAGUACUUUGUCACCGCUCAGCCGUGCAUUAAACACUGCAUGCCUGAAGGUUUUUGCAGCCCUUUCAAAUUCUUACCAUCCAAACUCCUACUGCAGCCCAGCUGACAACAGCACUAUACUGUCUUGUUUUCAACACUGUCCCAGAAAUAAUGGAUAGCCUCUGCUUCUCUGUCUGUUGAAGUUGGAUAUCCUCAAAAACGAUGAGUGUCGAAAGUCAAGUAUAAGAACACGCCUAGUAAUCCAACCCUUAACAAAAUGAUUAUGAAUGAAUUAACAAGGUUGUUAACCUAACCCAACUGUAUUUAUUUGCUAGAACAUAUUCAAUUGUUCAAAUGUUCUAAUUGAUCAGGAUCUUGUCAGGCAAUUCCACAUCAAUGACAAAUCCAAUAGAUUGAUUGGAUGCUCAAAUCUAUCUGUGCCAAUAUGUUUUAUUAUUUGAUUCAGAUAUUAGGAUAAGUUAACGAUGGCUUAUGAUUAACAUCACGCAUGACUGAAAUAGGACCAGUUGAUGGUAGAAUAAAUCUUUACAAGCAGGAUUUGACAAUUGGAUAACGAUACAUAAAACUGGGUUGGGUUUCACCAUUAUUUAGGUUGUCCUCUUUGACACUUUAAAUGGGUGACACAUCUUUGUGAUGUCUAGCUAAAGGCCACUGGUGCUGGUGUCCGUUGUCCAACCUCCAUUAUCUUCACAAAUAUCCUAUUGCAAUCAGUCAGAAGUCUGCCAUAUUGAAAACAGUAUGCAAAUACUGUACGUUACUGUCAUGUUUGAGGUCAACAAUUGCUGAAUAUCAUUUCAGUCUUUCACUUCAAUGUCCCCUGCCCUGAGGCAGAAACACUGUUGUUACCAACCUGCCUGAACACAGAUGACUUCUCUUAAAUGAGAAAUAUGCACAAGUACUGUCAGCCAUCUUGUUUUUCUCUUGUUGCACCUUGUUCUUGAUGUAGGAAUGGGCAUAGCAGUCUUAAAGGAUUUGGUGAUGACAAUUUUUCAUUGAACCUACUUUGUUUGUGCUUUCAUUUUUAUGGUACAUAAGUACAUUUGCUUAGCCAAUUAAUAAUAUUGUGUAGAAUGUAACGUGUAUGAUUUGUGUUUAUAUGUGACCUGAAAAAUAUUCAUACUGUAGCUGUUUUACAAAGGAUCUUGCAUGGAAAUGGCCUGUGUAGGAUCGAUAUGUAUGGUAUGAUGUAACAACUUGAAAGCACAAUUGUGAAGAUGUUAAGGAACCUGCAAAUGUGACUAGUGGUUUUACUCAGCUAUGAAGAUUGUCUCGGAAACAUAGUGAAGACACUGCUGAGAGAACAGUGACUUACACAGCAGAUAACUCCAUUGGAAGCAGGACUGAGCAUUGAAUAUAUUUUGGGGAUGUUCUAGGGAAGUCUUUGAUAUGCAGAAGUGUCAUAUUACCUUCACCGAAUUAUUUAUUUUCCAUUUUAAUUUGUAUUUCUUUGAAUACUUAUUGGGGCCUUUUGUGCAUUUCAUCAUAGUUAUUUCAUUUUCUCAUUGGCCUGCUUAUUGUAUGUAGGUACUCCUAAUUAGACUCCAACUGUAGUAGGCCUGGUUUUCUAGGAUAUUUAGAUACCAGAAACAUAACUCACCCUCUUGCAACCUAAUGCUACAGUUGUUUAUUCUCUACCACCCUACAGUAAUUUAUUGCACACAAAUGGCCUUAGAUGCUUGAUCAUGUUAACAUUCUUAUUUCUUUGAAAUUAAUUUAUUAAAGUGCACAUAACAGAUGUAACAUAACUCUGAAAUUGCAAAAAUAAUGUUAUUAACAUACGUCAAU